UCGACCACUUUCCACCUCCUCCCCCCUCUCAAACCAACCAACCAACCAGCCAGCCGAAGUAACUCUGCAUCCACCACCCAACGAUGAGACCCGUCGCCUCCUCCGCCACCACCAAAGCCCAAGCCCACCCGAAGGCCUCCCUACUCCGCCACUUCCUCGGGGCGCCGCUCCGGGCCCUGUCCCGCGCCCGCGACCUCUACGUCCGCAGCCUCCUCAGCUGCGCCUCCGCCGUCGGCAGUGGCCACGUAGCCUGCCCGGGCGGGCAGCUCGAACCCCUCCCCCGGAGCUUCAGCGUCGGCUCGUCCCGCCUCGACGGGGACGACGACUUCAGGGAGCUGGUCCGGGCCGCCUCCGCGAAGGGCGGCCUCGGGUACAGCGCGGAGGACCUCGACGCCGCCCUGCGUCAGAUCAGGAAGAACCGGCCGGCGGUGGGGCAGGGCGCGAGGGUGCUGCCGAAGAGCUGCAGCGUCGGGAUGGGGAGGAUCGAGGAGGAGAGGGAGUGUGAUGUCGGGGACGAGAAGGAGAGGGAGAGCGUCAGGAGGAGCCGAAGCUACGCCGUUGUAGAUAGUAGAGGUGCUGGGUUUUGAUCUUUCUUUUUUUUUUUUUUUUUUUAAGUUUCUCUUAUCCGGAAAAUGGAAAAUAAUGAUUUUCUACCUUUUUUGUUUUUUUUUU